GCGGAGAACGAAAGAAAAAAAAACAAGAGAAAAACGAACUGGUUUGUGUGGAUGCCGCCCAAAGCUUAUCAUUUGCGCUUCUCGUGACAACAUGUUCGUGUCGCUGUGUUCUCCCUAUCUGCAAGUUGUGUUCUUUACAGGACUCGGUUCUAACUGCUCAAUUAAUUAACUCGAGCGACGUAGUUGUCCUACGGCUAUAGACGCAAUUUGUCUUAGCCGCCGAUUUUCAAGGUUUCUUCAAUCAGUGCGAAGGGAGACUAUUCUGAAGUUUUAGAGUUAUCCCCCCCUGACCUUCUUCGUGCUGGUAAACGCCGGUGAUAAAUAAAAUAUGAAUAACAUUUUCAAGCGUCCAUUUCAUGCCGCUAUGUAAAUGUACGUGGGCUGAACGCUUGAGUUAUGGGCCCUAAUUCGUUACGUUACGGUAGCUAUAACAGGACAAGCUUGUACAAGCUGUUGUGUGUUUAGUGGUGUGUAGCCGAGGACGUGUUGACUGUUCAUUUCUAUUUGGUGGAGUUUAUCCGGCUUUUGAUUGCAUUGUGGUUAUUUCGUAAGGAUUAUAUCAGAUACAUUUAACUGAGUGUUUUAAGGUAGUCGAGCCAUGCUGCAUCCCAGUGUCCGUCUUGUGACCACCAUACUGACCACAGGCAGCUGACCGAGUCGUUCAACUUUCGUGACCACCACCUGUAGAACCGCCCACCUUUCACCUGUCUGCAUUGAUCCAACAUGGCGUCCACCAAAGUCACCUUCGUAACAGGCACAGCCGAGGUCCGAAGACGAGAUCCCUUGACACCUCAGCAGCUCCACAGUGACCAGCACCUGACCACAGAGCCGCAGACACCCCUACAGGUGAACUACGUGGACGGCAAGUGCCAGUGCUGUCCCUACGGCUACCACAUAGAUCUGGACUUCCUGAACUUCUGCAAGGACCUGGAGAGUGGCUUCACCCUAAGGAACCUCAAGCGUAUCCAGCGGACUAAGCGCAAGUUAAGGAAGUCUAUGGAAUUGAUGCUGGAUGAGCAGGAAGGGAUUGCGGCUGACCCCAACUCUGCUCCACCUGACAUCAUCCACUCCACCGAGGCAGGCCGCCUGAUGCACAUGAUCAACUACGAGAGGUCGGCCACCCACAGGAUACUCAGCCAGAUUGACUCGUCUGUCAACACAACCAUCUCAAAUAUAGACGGGGUCAAGGGCAACAGAUAUAUGUCUUCCGAUAGUGAUGAUAUGGCAUCACCUUACACCCCUACACAUGGGGCCCCCUACCCAGCAGAUGAGCACGUGACAUACCCCCUGUCCAUCUCAGGUCGCACUGACUCCUUGACCUCCCUGUCGUCAGUGUCCACCAUGUCCAGUGAGACCCACAUGAUGCAGCAGGGUCAGUUCCAGCCCAGCCAGAACUAUCAGAGCUCUUACAAGACCACUACAAAGAUUUUUGAGACCCCGGUCCUGGAGAUGGCAACAGCUGAGAUGAAACACUACUCCACCACAUCAUCUGCCCAGCUGGCUGACCAAAGUCCAGAGGUCAUUGAACCAGAGGUCAAAGCCCAACUGCACAGUCCCAGCAGGCCACGCCCCCCGUCCAACAAUGACCCGUCUGUGAGGGAAACCCUGGCCCUCAACCAGCAGCGGAUCCGUGAGCUGGAGGAGCAAGUGAAAACUAUUCCAAUCUUGCAGGUGCGUAUUUCUGUGCUGAAAGAAGAGAAACGCCUUUUGAACUUACAGCUUAAGGCAAACAAACCCAGCACCAAACCCCUGACCAGUUCUGUGGGGGUGGGUGAUGGCAGGGUUGACGUCCAGGAAGUCAUUGACAAGUCCAUCUACCCUGUACGGCAGUUCGAGCUACCCAAAUCUUUCUCCAUGGAUGGCGAUACCACCCCUCAGAAAUCACCCGUGGUGAAAAGCCCACCCGCCACAUUCCCCAAACCUGUGAAGACAGCAACCGUGGGCGUGGGUGACCACAGCGUCAUUGAGCCCUACAACAUCCAGCCGGACCUCCCCACCGGUUACACCACCCACAAUAACCAGACCCACACGGAGAUUCACACCACCACGCUGGUUGAACGAGAGAAGCUCGUCAAGAACAUCAUACAACCACCGUCGUUAAACCUCUCCUUCCAACACACCUCUACACACGACAUCAUGGACAGAGAUCCGCGAACACCAACGCAGCCCAAUUUCACCAUCAACCAAAUUCAACGAAGCACCCCUAAAGCUUUGACGCGAACAGUCGGUGUCGGUGAUGGCAACGUCAAUGACGGUUCAGGUCUUCAUGUUCAUGAGAAAGAGCUGAGAACAGUCAUCAUUGGGCAGAAUUCUCCCGUCGCUAAAAGGAAUGUUGGGAUUGAUUGUAGGGUCCCCACACGAGACGUGGGGGUUUCGUUUAUGUGCGAUGAGGAGAAACCGACAACAAGAACGAUUGGGGUGAAUGUCAAUUAUGACACCAGUAAUAUAAUGACGUCUUUGGAUUUCAAAGGUGAAACACAGCUGCGGCUGGCCUUACGAGAUGUACUACAGAGGAGUGUGCGUAGUGUUGCCACUAAUUGUAACUUUAAAUCUUCUACCACUGACAGCUCCACCUUGACAGACUCCAAGAGUGGUGUUAGCGUUGGGUGUGGUGAUGAGGAACAGAGAGUGGAUGUUGAGGUGCGGCCAGCUUCUGUGAAAAAAUCUUUCGGCAUGGUCGCCAAACCGGAAACGGUUCCGAAAUGCGUGGCCACGGAGAAGGAUUGGAUCUUCGACGCCAGUACCAACACCAUCACACCGGAACAGUACCACAAAGCCUGCAUGACGGAUAAACUCAAGCAGAUUUUCGCCUCCACCAACACCGACCCUCCUCGCAGGCACACGGCUAACAUUCAGACCGAACACAGCAUGUUUGUCAACACGGACCAACUCAAGCAUUCGGCCACAAACACGGAAAAACAGGCGGGGAGCUCCGUCUUUACGUCCACUGACAUCAUCCCUAGAUCUGAUGUAGGGGUCAACACCACGGAAAAGGUCACUGUCGUCAUGUCGAAGUCGGACGCUGGCGUCAACACAACGGAAAAGGUCACUGUCGUCAUGUCGAAGUCGGACGCUGGCGUCAACACAACGGAAAAAGUCACGGAACUAUUCCAGCAGUCGCAGUCCACUGUGACCAAGACCUCGCCGCCUGUGCUUAAAUCUAUCCUCAAGAAAACUAACUCAACUAUUGAUAAAGGUGUUGUAGAAAGUGCCGUAGAGGAGGAGCCGUACUCAUUUAGCGAAACCACAGAAAUCAUCACCCCCAUGAAGGUGGUCCAGAAUCUCGAAACAGUUCAGCACAGCUCGCACCAGUCCAAAACGUCUUUACACCACAACCAAACCGAGUCGAUGAAGACAUCGAGCAUGGAAGAUGGGGACAACCAUUUCACCAGCUACGAGCUGACCAGGAGAAGCUCAGCCCCAGCCACGGAGCAUGUCAACACAGGAAGGGAGAGCACUGAGUAUCAGAGUACUGGGUACAGGGACUUGGCCACAAGAUAUUCAGCAGCUGAUAGGGUUUCCCCCACAAAAGGGGAGGACAGUUUUCAAGAGACGGUGGUGGAGCAUUAUAUCAUAACAAAGGACGGCACGAGGUUGGUGUCGGAGGAGAAGACAACCACCUCCUCCAAGAGUGGUGUUGUCACCCAGUACACCAAUGGUGAUGGGCGGUCUCACCAGUCUUCUUAUGGUGACUCUGGUUCUUUUCAGUCUUCUCAAAGUGAAUCCCGGUCCUGUCAAUCUUCUCAUGGUGACACAGGAUCACAUCAGUCUUCUCAUGGUGACACUGACACAGGAUCACAUCAGUCUUCUCACGGUGAUACAGGAUCCUAUCAGUCUUCUUUUGGUGAGUUAAGGUCUCAUCAGUCUUCUGUUGGUGACUCGGGAUCCUAUCAAUCUUCUCAUGGUGACUCGUGGUCCCGUCAGACUUCUCAUGGUGACCCACGGUCUCAUCAGUCCUCCCUUGGUGACCAUUCCUCAGUACACAGUUACUCCACUGAUGAUGUACCCGACCACCACAGCAACGGCAGCUCACACACCUUCAAGGUCACUGGCGGCUCCAAAAUUGAGCGAGGACACAUCACCGUGGUGACCAACCCUUACAAAACUGUGGAGAAUUUAGCCCAGGCCUCAGCGCUGGAGGAAUCAGAUUAUGUGGAUAACGACUCGGUUCAGCGGAUUUCUAAAACCUCGAGCGAAGGAAAUUUGUACAAGGACAAGAAGGCGGCACGCAAGGAGAAAACCAAAUCUUUGGACACAAUCUACGACAUGCGUAGGGCGGGGUCUGUGGAAGACUUCAUGCCUGAUGAUAUCAGGAAGUACAUGUCUAUUGACCCCAGUACAUCCAAAGAUUCCGGCUUUGGUGAAGACCUACAGCACAGGUUUUCAGGGGAAUCCUCCUCCUCCACGUUAGUCUCCCACCUGUUAUCUGGGCUGUCUGCCGAGCACGACGCCGCCAUGAGGUCUGUCAGCGUGUCUAAAACAAUCACCACCAAAACCACAUCUCAAAGCGGAGACUCGGUCAUCACCUGUGAAAAGCAAACUGUCGUUACACCGGAUGGGAAAUCUAUUACAACCAUUACAGAAACAUUAAAAGACGGACAGACAAUUGUUAGACAAAUUGAGGACGAUGGCGACGAACAGAGUUCCGUAUCUCAGGCGUUGGAUAACAUGGACACGUCCAGGUUCACGUCGUUGUAUACCACCCACAGCGGCAUCAACCAGACUAGUUCGGACUCGAACCUCCUGAAGGUGGCCGAGCACUUGGACCCAGGCACCCUGAGCUACAGUGAGUCCACCAUCACAACGGUGGGGGAAGAGGGGGCGCAGCUCAAGUCCUACGGAUCUUUGGAUAGGAAAACUGGCAAGCUGAAGUCCAUCAUGAAGCAGAAUUCAAAUGACCCGGAUAAAAAGGAUAAAAAAACUGGCAUUAGAUUCGCUGAGACGGUGAUUGGUGGGACUGGGUCCAGUUCAGAAGAGGAUGAUGAUACGUCUGACUCCGACUCAACCACAAGUUUCGAGGAGGGCACGUAUGACAGUCAGCAGGGAGAGAUCACCUACAGGUGUAAGGAUGACGAGGCCGUGGCUCAAGGACUGCCCGGUGCCCAGAUGUUUGACCAGAACAUUAGAGAAACAUACGAACUAACAGAGGAGCUGAAGGAGGCGUGUAAUGUUGUGGCGACCUACCUCAUGGACUCAACAGAGGUACAGACAAAACAACUGAAUGCCAGCCAGAAUGUUCUCCAGCAGGAAUGGUUCCAGGUGUCCAGCCUGAAACUGUCCAGCCCACACCAGGUGGAAGACUUCCUGUCCUCUGUCAAUGAGAUCUCCAAGCUUCUGCUCAAGUACAUCGUCAACAUGACAGAUGCUAAUGGCAACACAGCCAUCCACUACUGCAUCUCCCACAGUAACUUUGAGAUCGCCAGCCUGCUGCUAGACUCAGAGGUGUGUGACAUCAACAAACUCAACAAGGCAGGCUACACCCCCAUCAUGUUGGCUGGCCUGGCCAGUAUACAGAGGUACGACCAGCUGGAGGUGGUCAGGAGAAUCUUCUCUACGGGGGACAUCAACGCCAGAGCUGCGGCUACCCAGCAGACAGCGCUGAUGCUUGCCGCCAGCCACGGCAGGGUGGAGAUGGUCAAGCUCCUGGUGGAGGAAGGUGCAGACAUCAACCUGCAGGAUGUGGACGGCUCCACUGCGCUGAUGUGCGCCUGCGAGCAUGGCAGCAUAGAGAUUGUCAACUUCCUGUUGUCCCAGCCUAACAUUAAUGCCACUAUCACAGAUAACGAGAACAGCAGUGCCCUGACCAUAGCCAUGGAGGCAGGCCACAAAGACCUGGGUGUUAUCCUAUACAAACACCUCAAUUUUUCUAAACCUUCUUCACCUGGCUACCACAAGAAGAGGAAGAGUUCCAGUUCACCUACCCCCAGUCACAUGAUCCACUGAAACCACCUGAGUCUACACUGUGAGAGUGGGGUCAGCCAGAGUCUACACUAUAGGAGUGGAGUCAGCCAGAGUCUACACUAUAGGAGUGGAGUCAGUCAGAAUCUACACUAUUUGACCAACUUAAGAGGAGUCUAAAAUUACAAGAUGAGCAUCGGGGAAGUCUACGCUGUCGGACUACCUUGAGAAGUGUCUGCCACUUCAAAUAGAGACAUCUUCAUCUUUUUCUUAACAAUAUAACAGAAUAUUUUUAACAUACCAAACACUACUGCUUGAUGAAAUAAUCAAAACAAGUUUGUUUUAUUUUAAUCUAAUUAUCUAAUUACAGUUUAUUAAAAAUGUAAAGAAUUGAAUUUUUUUUUUAAAUGUAGAUCUACUUGUUGAAAAAUGGAUAAUGCACACCAUUUUGUUGUGUACAUAAAGGUGUCAACUGUCACCAGUGUUUGAAUGCAGAAACUACCACUUGGUAGUUUAAAUUUUGACUGUAACCUCACUUUCCAAACUAUCUAUCUAUGCACUAAAUACUAAUAGAUAUUAAUUUGUCAAUCUUCCAUUCUGUACAUUCAGUAAAUAUUUUCUUUUUUUUUGAGUGUGUGAGAGUUUUAGAUUUUUAAAUACUUUACCUUUUUUUAGUUUCUAAAGUUGAUGUGGAUUCAAUUUCUUGGUUCAAAUCAAGAUAUACCUAUUCAACUACAGUGUUUUAUUUUUAAUAAAGUAGUUUUACCUGUCUAAAACAAACUGUGGUUUGCAAUUAAAUGUUACAAGGAAAAAAAAAACCUGUUGUAACCUGCAUGGUCAGGAGCACUGGACUUAAAAACCUGUGGCCAUUUUCUUUCAACUAGCCAUUAUGUGCUCUGGUCACCUGUGUUUGGUUGUCACAUGACCAGUGAAACUCUACUUCACCUGUCAUUAAAUGGAGAUGGGACAUUACACUCAUAUGAGUGUAUCAUAAAAUCAACUUUUAAUGCCACUAUAAUUUUUUGCACAUACUUCAGAAACAAACAGAUCAACUCUACUUCACCUUAAAAUCUAUUUCUACAUAACAGUUUGAGCAUAGAAGUAAUUUUAGAUAAAAUAUUUCAAUUUAAUGUUGUGUUUCUCAAUUGCUUGUUUCCAACAGACUUAUACUGGUGUGUUUACAUUGUACAUAUAUCACAUGCAUGUUGUUUUUAUUCCUGACAUUCCAUGAGUUCAAUUUGAGUUGAGGGAAGGUGAAUAAUUUAUUCUUUACAAAUGAACGCUUUGAGUGGAAAUUGUAAGGUCCUUGUGGGGGAGAGGCUUGGAUAUAUGCAAGUGGAAGAGGUGUGGAUAUAUGCAAGUGGAAGAGGUGUGGAUAUAUGCAAGUGGGAGGGGCUUGGAUAUAUGCAAGUGGAAGAGGUGUGGAUAUAUGCAAGUGGGAUGGGCUUGGAUAUAUGCAACUGCAAUGAAUAACUCUGGAAGUCUAAGUGUAAUGAAAUAACUUACUCCUUCUAUAUGGGUUUCAACUUUCCACACAAUUUGGAUUCUACUUUAAUGUCUAUGUUCUUGGUUUACAUCCUACUGUAUUUUAGAGGUUAUCUUGUUUUUACAUUUCUUUAUAGUUUUUUUUUUAAUUUUAAUUGAUUAAUGAAACCACAUGUGUGAAAAUGUAAAGAUUUUGAAUGACUAUUUUUGUUUUGCAGCUUAAAAUGGCAAUUUUGUUGUUUUUUACUUUCUCGUAUAUACGUAGUAUAGAGAAAGUAUUGUAAUCGUGCAAAAAAAAAAAAAUCGAGAUUUUUACAAAUCUCGACGUUUUACACCUCACUGAUACGGAAAAACAUAAUUUUGCAAUCUUGUCCGUAUGUCUGUGUGUGUGUGUGUGUGUCUGUCUGUGUGUCCGUGUGUAAACACGAUAACUUGAGUACCGUUACUGCUAGGUUGAUGAAAUUUCAUAUAUAAGUAUUUUAUCAAAAUCGUAGAUCCGUAUCAACUUUUGAGCGAUUUCCGAUAACCGGAAGUGGUACUUUUUCUACUUUGAAUUUUUCAAAAGCCUAUAACUUGAGUACUAUUUCAGAUAGAUAAAUGAAAUUUCACAUGUAAGUAAAAGAUCUAAUUCUCUACCUUCUGUUAAAUUUUGAGUAAUUUCCGUUGACCGGAAGUAGUAAUUUACGCUACUUCCGAUUUCUCAAAAAACGAAUGUAAAUUUUAAAAGUACUAAUAAUAUUGCGCACUAUUAUGCGCUUUUUUAUUGGGCGUUCACUUGGUGUGCAAUUAAUUUGUCUACGAGAUUUUAUUCUAUUUUUAAAACUUUAAGUAUUUAAAAUGGAUUAAAAAUCAUGUCUAUAGCCCGAGUUCCCAUCCCCUGUUAUUUUAUAUAAAAAUAUUCGAGAAAGUUUAGGGGAGAUCACUCCCGGUUUAUUUGUUUUGUUUUGUUCCUUAAAAUUACCAAUUUCUUGUUUUUGUUUUAAUGCUUAGGAUGACUGCUGGUUUAUGAACAUUGUUCUCAUACACAAUUUUUUUUCUUAUUUUCUGUGUUAUGUGAUGUAUUUUUAGUUACUUAAGUUUAUUUCUCUUGGAUGUUAAAUGGAUACUUACCUAGGACUAUGUGCAUAUUCUACCUCAACUUUAAUACUCUCAUGGUUUCUUAAAGUUCCUUCUCAUAUUAUACCUGUCCCCCUAUAACAAACUUGGAAUUGCUAAUUUAAGUACAAAUUUAUGAACAUAAACAUUGUUUUUUUUUUUUUUUAAUUUAAGGUUGUGUCUAUAAAGUUUUAAUUUUAUAUUUUAUUGCUAAUUAAAUCAUUUUUUACCAACACUAUCACACAAAUGUAGCGUAAUUACAGGUAUCAAAUGUUUAAAUAUAUAUAUGAUUUUACAUAAAAAUAUAUUUCUAAAUAUUUGUAUUAUAAAAUUUAUCUUAGAAUAUAGUCUUUGUAACAUAAGGAACAUUAUUAUUUUGACGUGAAAUAAUUUUAUUAAUGUGCAUUGUGUUAAGUUCAUAUUUUCAUCUUAUCAUUAUAUAGAGCGUAUCUCAAUAUGCACCAUCAUUACCUUACCAUAACACAUCUCUUAACGGAGCUCAGCUCACAGCACUAAUCUUUUCACCUGCCUUAAAAAAAAAAGAAAAUUACAUAUACUGCAUAGAACUUAAUGAAACCUGACAUUUUAAAAUAAUGAAGUUAUAAACACAUUAAUCAAUUAUAAUUAAUUUUUUUUACCCCUUGUGUACCUGAGAACUGAAUGUAUCCAAACACACCUGUAUCUAUCGGGUUCUUGCAUUUCACCUGGUGUUUCCUGACUCCCAGGUAGGAUACCUGCUUUGCAUUUACAUGGAAUAAUAAUCUUUUGGGGCGCUUAGAGUUAAAGGUGAUCUAAUGGUAUUAUACAAUUCCUGCUAAAUAACCUAGACUGUGUAGCUUGUAUUCAUAUACUCACCACAAACCUAUUCAUAUGUAACUCUUCUUUGUUGAAACAAAUAAAAUGUGUUUUUAUUUUUUUCUUUACUAGACAUUUAUAAGCUAACUUUCUUGCCAAUGUGUUUGUUGUUUUUUAAAUGUAAAAAUAAGGUGCAUAAACUAAUUGGAAAAACUGAUUUCAUUAAAUUCCAUUAUACAGUAGAUAUUGCAACCAAGGAUAGAAAAUAUUUACAAGCACACAUUGGAAGAAUCUGUAUAUGUAUGAGAAUAUAAAAUACAUAUAUAUCCUGAAGAAUUCUGGGAUAGUCAACUGUGACAGCCAACUAAAACAGCUGUAAUUUUUUGACUGGGAACAUCCCUGAGUCCACCCAGCUCUGGUGGGUACCUAGCUCACAUUAGCGAAGGUAAAAGUGGCUGGACAUAGUGCUGACUACCAAUGUUCACUCUAAGUUUUUCGCACGCAUAGUAGUUUUGAACGAGCCGUGCAAUCAUUUUGUAAAGUACAUAUAUCCUUGCACAUUACUUUUUCCCCUUAGUGAGAACAUUGCUGACCACACUAUGCAAUGUCACAGAUACAGGUGAACUCUACUUCACUUGCUUCAUGAACUUUACUUUAUAAUUUUUAUUGAAUGGGAGGGGUAGGCAAGAAGACUUCUGUCCAUGGUUACCUCUUAACUUAUGAAACAUGGAUCGGCAUCAAUAUAAUGUUGAUUGUUAGAUUUUUAAAAUUUGAUUUUUCAGAAUGUAAACUUGAUGUUAUAAGGGACUCAUUGCUGUACCUGACCCUCUAGCCUGCUUAAAUGUUCUGUAAAACUGAUGUGCCUUGCUGUUUAUAGUUAAGUGAUAAGAUAAUUAUGACAGACUGGCAUAUGUAACCUAUACACAUUUGAUGCAUGGUGAAAUUUUUAUUCAACAAUUUUACACAGGAUGUUAGAUUUUAGCUGUUUUAGUAGAAAUUAUUGCCCUUUUUAUUUUAUUAUAUGGAUGAAAUGUUGGUUGAUUAUAUCUUGAGAUGUGUACACGUGCAUAUACAGUAAACAAUAAAUGCUUUUGAAUCUUUGAAA